UUCUCAUAGCAACUCACAAUCCCACAUAUAUUAGAACUUUUCCUCUCAUUUCCAUUGCAUACGAUAUUGAAUUGCAUAAAGAUGUUCCUGGCUCGUGCAGGACAGUGCUUUGGUGCAAGGAGCUAUGCUACGGCUGCUCAAACACAGCUGAGAGAGAUUCUGAAGCAACAGCUGAAGGACAUUGAGAAUGCCGGCACGUACAAAAAUGAGAGAAUAAUCACUUCCGCACAGAAAACUUCCAUCAAUGUAGCCGGAAGUGAGAGUCCAGUGCUGAAUUUCUGUGCCAACAACUACUUGGGAUUGUCUUACAACAAGGACAUUAUUGAGUAUUCGAAGAAAGUCCUGGAAAAGUACGGUGGAGGAGCUUCUUCAGUUCGCUUCAUUUGUGGCACACAGGACAUCCACAAGGAGCUUGAGGGGAAGAUUAGCAAAUUCCACGGGAGGGAAGAUACCAUCUUGUAUGCUUCGUGCUUUGAUGCCAAUGCGGGGAUUUUUGAAGUCCUCCUCACACCCGAGGAUGCCGUGUUCUCUGAUGAACUCAAUCAUGCUUCCAUCAUUGAUGGGUUGCGCCUGUGCAAGGCCAAGAAGGAACGCUACCUGCAUCGGAAUAUGGAAGAUCUGGAGAAUAAGCUGAAAGCAUCCACGGGAAGGAUGAAGCUCAUUGUGACGGAUGGGGUGUUCUCCAUGGAUGGCAAUGUGGCUCCUCUUCCGGAAAUUAUUAAACUAGCUGAAAAGUACAAUGCUCUCGUUUUCCUGGAUGAAUGUCACGCCACUGGGUUCUUUGGCCCAACUGGGAGAGGAACAGAAGAAUUCUACGGAUUGUCAGGAAAGGUGGAUAUCAUCAACUCUACGCUUGGAAAGGCACUUGGAGGUGCUUCAGGAGGCUACACAACGGGCCCCAGAGAGUUGGUGGAUCUCCUGAGACAACGAUCACGCCCCUAUUUAUUCUCCAACACCCUCCCACCCCCAGUUGUGGGUACUGCCAUCAAAGUCAUGGACAUUUUGCUCAGUUCCAGUGAUUUAUCAAAGAAAAUUCAACGAAAUACCGAACAUUUCCGCAAAGGAAUGACCAAAGCGGGCUUCACCAUUGCCGGAAUGGAUCAUCCCAUCUGCCCCGUAAUGCUGGGAGAUGCAAAAUUGGCGGGAAUUUUUGCUAAUGAGAUGCUGAAGAGAGGAAUCUACGUGAUUGGCUUUAGCUUCCCAGUUGUACCUAAAGGAAAAGCCCGGAUUCGCGUUCAAAUAUCAGCUGCACACUCCGAAAAGGACAUUCAGCGCUGCAUUGAUGCCUUCAAGGAGGUUGGACGUGAUUUGGGGGUAAUUUCCAAUUAAAAUUUCCCAUUUAUUGUUGCAUUUUCAUCAAUUAAUUUUAUUUGUUUCUUUUAAAUCCUUAAGAGAAAUUUUCUUUUUUAUAUAAGAUUUUUUUUUAAAUAAGUUGCAGUGGCAAAUAAAAUUGACUCUCAAUA